AUGUUUGGUCUUCCGCAAGAUGCAACUUUGCAAUGGAAAUCAUUUGAUCAGAAUUAUAAUAAUAAGCCAUGUGUCACACACUAUUUUUCUCCUCUGGAAGUACAAGCUACAAGACGCAAACGAGCCUUGCAGUUUGGUCUUACUCCACCAACAGAUCCAUUUUUACAUAAUCAGUCAUUUCCAAACAUUUACAAACACGUAGAAAAUGGUAAUAGCUAUCUUGAUAUGGGAGAGCGUCGCAAAUGUACCAUUGACAAAUUCAAAGGCAAUUCUUUAACUUCAGUAUCCUAUUCUCCCACUACUUUGAAAAGUGGUGCAUGCUUAUCAAAGAGUGAUUUGUAUCAUCGUCGUCAAUUGAGUGGAAGUUGGAUUUUUUACCAUUACCUGGAAGGGGAGUCAAAGGACAGCAGUGUUCAUGCAUGCUUACAGAAUCCAAAUAAAGCCAUUGUUACAAUCAAUGCCAGAACAACUGAGAUUUUGAUUGCAAAUAAAAUUGCUUCACAUUUGCUGGGAAUCAGGGAAAAAUCUACUGAAAACUAUAAAUUGAGUGAUUAUAUACUUUCUCGAGAAGAUCAAAAUUCUCUGACUGAAGCAGAUUUAAAAUACUCUGGUGAACUUAUAUUCAUUUCUGGAAAAGUGAUGGACCUUAUUUCUCCUGCCAAGGAAACAAUUCCUGUUUCUGUGUGGGCUAGGCAAUUAUCUUCUGAAAAUGAGCCUCGCUGUCUUGUUGUUAUGGAACCUGUUGAAAGAAUUACUGGAGAAUUUGAUAUUGACUUGAAGGGUAAAAUUACAUCUUGCGACAAAAACUUUGCUACUGUAUUUGGUUUUCUUGACCCAUCUGACUUGAAGGACUUAGAUGUGAAAGAUUUGAUCCCAUCAUUUGAACUGAAUCAUGAAAAUUACAGUACAAACAAAAAAAAUGUGAAGUUUUGUGCUACUGGAAAGACAAAGGAUGGUUUUCCUUUCCCUUUAAGUAUGUUAAUAACUCCCAUCUACCCUGCAUUAAAUCAAGAUUUAUAUGAAGGAAAAAAUGAGAUGAAGAAAAUGACGUAUAAAGGAACUGUGUGGGUAUUUAACAAUAUCAGUGGCAUGAUAACUUUGUUACCAGAUGGAACUAUUCACAGUUGUAAUACAAAUUUUUCUUUGAUGCUUUUUGGAUAUUCUCAAGCUGAACUACAGGGCAAGAGCAUAUGUACUCUUAUUCCAACAUUUUAUGAAGAUGUUGAAUUUCUUGACACUGAUUCAAUGGCUUUACCACCAUUUGAUGAGGACGAAGACUCAAAUGCGAAGUGCUGUUGUACUUCUGAUGGACGAACUACAGCCGAUUCCAUUGCAACUGACCUACCAAGACCUAUAAACCCCAUGGGAAAACACAUAGAACAAAUGGUUGAUGAAGCAGUUGAAAAUAUUAAAAAUUUUGCUUUUAGUCCAUCACCUAGUGAGAACCAAAUGUCUUCAUGUUGUAAGAAAUCUCCCUUUCUUUUAAAUGAUUCACCAGUAAAUGAAGUGAGUGAUCUAAAAAGUGUGCAGCUAAAUGGAAAAUGCAUUGAUUGUGACUCUAGAAAUGAAGAAUUAUCUGAAUCUUCCUCUCUGUGUGGCACUAGUUCUAAGCAUUUAUCAAUCAGUGAAUCUCAAGAUACUUUACACUCUUGUGCAAAUAGUAUAACUGAAUCUGAUAUGAAUGCCAACAUUCUUGAGUUAUCAGAAAAUGAAGAUGUUCCCAUUAAUACCAGUGCAACUAAUAAAUUGACUUCCCAGCAGCAGAAACGUGAAGAACCAGUUGACUUUUUCAGUGACUCUUCAGAAGAUGAAGAAAGUUACUCUUCUCUCGCAGAAGACUUUCCAUCAAAUGAUAAAUUAGAUUAUGCUUGUGAAAAUGAAAAAGUAGCUCUUAAACUACAUGAGGCAGAUUGUAGUAUAAGUUGUGAAAAGAAAGAAGAAAACACAAAGCCUGUUUCUCCCCCCUCAAAUUUUAAAUCAAACUCUUUGGAUUUCAUCAUGAAAACUUCCACUCCCAGGGAGUUGGCUCAAUCUACAAGUAUGCCAAUGAAUGAUGAUUCAUAUCAAAGUCUUCCAGAAGGUGGUUUUCUUGGAAUUGGCAGACACAAAGAUGGUACAGAUCUAGCUAUAGAGUACUUCAUCAAAAAAAUUAUCCUUGAUGAUGGUAAACAUUUAUAUUGUCUAUGGGUGUCUCGUGAUCCAGAAGAAACAAAAAAUUUCAUUCCUCCUGUGCCCUUAGUAAAACCUCUUCCAUCAUGUAGUAGUUCUGAAACUACUAAAAGUACAUCAUCAUCGGAGGACAGUGACACAAGUUCUGUGAAAUCAGAUAGUUUUUAUGUUACGGGAACAUUUACUGAAAAAUACACUAUUUUACAACACAUUCGAAAAGGAGCGUUCGGUUGCGUGAAAAAAGCUUUCAGAAAUUCUGAUGGUUUGUUAGUCAUUGCAAAAUUUAUUAGCAAAUCUGAAGUUUAUAAAGAUUCAUGGGUUUAUGAUAACCAGCAAAACAGAAAAGUGCCUCUUGAAGUUAGUCUCUUAACAACAAUUGAUCAUCCCAAUAUCGUAAAAGUACUUGAUGUUUUUGAAAAUGAAAAUUGUUUUCAAAUGAUAAUGGAGAAACAUGGAUGUGGAAUGGAUUUGUUUGAGUUUAUUGAACGGAAUCCAGAUAUGGAUGAAGCAUUAGCUAGUUACAUAUUCAGACAGGUUGUGUCUGCUUUAAGCUAUCUGGACAGCUUAUUCAUUCUGCAUCGUGACAUAAAAGAUGAAAACAUCAUUUUGGACGAAAAAUUUCAUGUGAAGUUAAUUGAUUUUGGUUCAGCAACUUUUAUGACUGAAGAACUAUUUUCUACAUUUUGUGGUACAAUGGAAUAUUGCAGUCCAGAAGUUAUUCAGGGAGAAAAGUACCGCGGGCCAGAAUUGGAGAUGUGGGCUCUUGGUGUAACACUUUACACAUUAAUAUUUGGUGAGAAUCCUUUUAUUGACGUUGAUGAAACUCUAAAAGGUGAAAUCAAGAUUACUCAGAAUAUAUCAAAAGAGCUUUCAAGUUUAAUUCAUCACUUGCUAGAACCAGAUCCUAUUAAAAGAUGUAUUUUAUCUGAAGUAAAGCAACAUCCAUGGGUUACUCAGCCUGUUGAAAUUGAGAAAUAUAAGUUUUCUGAAGUUAUCAAUGCAAGUGAAGAAGAAAUUGAUCCUCCAAAGUAUAUGACUAAUUUUGAAGCUAAUAUUCUAAUGGAAAAUAGCAACUAUGCAGAUUUUGAUAACUCUUACAUGGACACAAAAUCGGGUUCUUUUCAGCCUUGCUCUUCAACAGAAAGUGAAGUUGAUAGUUUAUCAUGAAUAGAAGAUGCCUUUUUCUUGAAAACGAAUACAUUCGUUGAUGCAUUAUGAGUAAAUCAUACAAAAUAUUACUCAUUUCAUAAAGGAUAAAUUAACCUCAAAAAAUUCAUUUUCUCACUUUUUGUUUUGCUUUUCUUUUAGUGUUUUGCAUUUACAGUAUAAAAAAAAAAAUAAUAAUGACUGCAUAGUCUUGAGUGCCAAAAAAGGCAAUGGUUUUUGUAAGAUUUUAAAGUUCAAAAUCUGACUUCAUUUUCCAAGCUAUGGCUUUUUUAUUCUCUGAUGAAAGCAACCAAAUCUAUUGCAUUUAUGUGAAAUAUUACACGAUAAAACUUUCAUAAUUCAUUUUGAGUGUUUCCAAUGACUGUCUUUGAAAUUUUCAAGAAUUGUAAAAGAAGUAUUAUAUUUGUGUCCCACAUUGUAAAUAAUGAUCUAAUUUAGUGACCAAAUUUUUUUAAAACCUUGGUUAUUUUUUUUUUUUUUUUUUUUUUUUAUUCCUACUUUUUACUGAUUAGAUCUCUAAGAAAUUUGAUGCUUUCAUCAGAUAUUGUAUAUUGAAUUAAUGUUUCAUUUAGUAUGUGUUCUUAUGCACGCUCCAUAAUCACUGCUUACAUUCACUCUACACCAAAGAAUGCCACUUUAGUGUCUUAUAUGUAUUUGUUCCUGCUCAAUACCAUAGCCUUUUACAGGUGAUGCCUCUGUAUAUAUCGUGUCUAAUAUAUUUUAGUGUUUGUUAAAAUUUUUACUAUUUCAAUGUAUAUCUAUGCAGAAUGAUGCUUCACAGGUAGAAAUAGUCCUGUGUAUGGAGUUGUGCUUCCAUUGCAUUUAUGUAAAAAAUAAUUUUGUUAGUUGCUUUUGGCUUGUGUUGUCAUAUCAUACUGUGUAAUUCUGUAAUAUAUGUUAUAUUUUAUUGUAUAUAUAUUGCGAAUAAAUUUAUUUAUU